AUGGAAAACCUGCAGUUCUUAUUUCCAGUACUAAUCACUACUCUUCUACUAUUGUUAUUGUAUAUUGCUACAAGAGUAUUGUACUCAAUUUGGUGGAAGCCAAGACAGCUUCAAAAAUCCAUUGUUAAACAAGGAAUCAAAGGAACUCCUUACAGACUUCUAGUUGGAGACAUGAAGGAGCUGAUCAGACAGACAAAGGAAGCAUGGUCCAACCCCAUCUCUUCUCUAAGUCUGCCUCACAGCAUCGCAUCUCGUGUCGAUCCCUUCACCCAUCACAUUCUCCACAAUUACGGGAAGGUGUCUUUUUGUUGGAUGGGUACAAGCCCAAGAUUGAUAAUCAAAGACACAGAGUUAAUGAAAGAAGUGCUUUCCAAUAAAGAAGGUCACUUCGGAAAGCCUUACUUAAACCCGCUAAUACUCAUCCUAACAAAGGGAUUAACAACUCUCGAAGGGGAAGAGUGGGCUAAUCAUAGGAAGAUAAUCAACCCCGCUUUCCAUCUCGAAAAAUUGAAGGGUAUGAUGUCGGUAUUCUCAACUAGCUGCGGGAAGAUGAUAGAACAGUGGGGGAGACAGAUUGAUUUGGAUGGAGGAUCUAACUGUGAAAUAGAUGUUUGGUCAGAGUUUCAGAAUCUUACUGGGGAUAUCAUUUUUACAGCAGCAUUUGGAACCAGCAACAACAGCAGCAACCAUUCUAAUGAAGGAAAAAAGAUUUUUAAGCUCCAGAAAGAGCUUCUAGGAUUAGUAAUGGAAACUAUGGUAUCCAUGUACAUUUCAGGUUUCAGAUUUAUUCCAACUAAAAAGAAUCGGAGAAGAAAGGAAUUGAACAGAAGCAUCACUUCAAUGCUUCGAACUAUUGUUCAAAGAAAAGAAGACGAAAUGAGAAAUGGACAAUCUGGUGCAGAUAACUUAUUAGGAAUUCUCUUGCAAUCUAACCAGACACAUAAGAAUGACAAUAAUGGAAUGACAAUAGAUGAGAUAAUUGAAGAAUGCAAACAAUUCUACCUAGCUGGUUAUGAAACUACUUCUUGCUUAUUAACAUGGACAUUGAUCGUUUUAGCAAUGCAUCAAGAUUGGCAAGAGAAAGCAAGGAAAGAGAUAUUAGAGAUCUACGGAGAAAAUUUACCUGUUGCAGAAGACAUUGGCCGCCUCAAAGUUACGACUAUGAUACUGAAUGAGGUAUUGCGAUUAUAUCCUCCAGCAAUCGCACAUUACCUACACGCAUACAAGAAAACAAAGAUAGGUUCACUAUCAAUUCCUGCUGGAGUAGAUAUUACAUUACCGACUCUGAUUUUACAUCACGAUAAAGAGCUAUGGGGUGAGGAUGCGGACGAAUUUAAACCUGAAAGGUUCUCCGAAGGUGUUAUGAAUGCAUCGAAGGGAAACCAAGCCUUUUUCCCUUUUGGAUGGGGGCCGAGGAUCUGCAUCGGUCAGAAUUUCGCCAUGAUUGAAUCUAAAGUAGCUUUGGCUAUGAUUUUGCAGCGUUUCUCUUUCAAACUUUCGCCGUCUUACUCUCAUGCGCCUUACACGGUUAUGACUCUUCAACCACAACAUGGUGCUCAGAUUAUAUUCGAAAAACUCAUAAGCUCAAAGAUCUGAUUCUAUAAUCAAAUCAUCUGAACUUAGCCAUGAAAUCUCUUUGGUGUGAUUAUCUAGUUCC